CGGGCCCCCUAACAUCGCACAUGUUCACGUGGGUGUUAGUCAGACAGACUCAGUCAGAGGCCAAAAUGGCAGCGCUUAUUAUAAAUAGUCAGCCAGACUCUGUCAGAGGCCAAAAUGGCAGCGCUAGCUAACAUCGCACAUGUUCACGUGGGUGCACGUGGAUGUUAGUCAGACCAAGGAGGUUAAAUACUUCUAUCAGUUACGUUCCUUGGUCAGACAGACUCAGUCAGAGGCCAACAUGGCAGCGCUAGCUAACAUCUCCAACAGUACCAACAGUACCGCGUCCUGCCCUGCGAUAGACACGGUCUCCUUUACCGACUAUGCUGUGUUUGUCGCGAUCCCGAUCCUUCUACUGCUAUCGUUCCUGGAGAGGCGGGGCGCCAGGGAACGUCCUUGUAGACGUUUUCCGCUCGUAGACGUGAACCUCCUCGACACGGGGCCGAGCCGCUGGACCUACGCCGUCACCCUGGGCGCCUCUUUUCCACUGUGCCUGCUGCUUUUCAUUCAUAGCUUCGGCAGGCACUUCGACGAGUGGUUCACGCUGCCAGACGACGGCUCUAAACCAUGGCUACAGAAGCUGAUCGCCCUGGCCUCCGCCCUACAGGUCGGGUUAGUGUACUUUCCGUUUCUCGCCUGUCUGAAGACCAGGUACAAAACGGUCGGCUUGCCUCUCGGGCUCUGCUACUCAAUGGCGUGGUUUGUGGUGUGCGUCCUUCAACACAUGGGCUGCCUGAACAACCCAAGUUUUGACUCAAAAUAUUUAGAAGUCAGCAUGCCGAGCGCCAUUUUCCACUUUAUCCUUGUGGUGCAAUUCGCGCGCCUUACUGUGCGCCGCUACUGGUCCUGGAUUAAAGGGGGGCGUGGUCUUGUCGACGAAGACGACUUCGGCAAAGUCGCCCAGGACCACGACUUUCGAUACGUCCGGCGGCUUUUGGGCAAGCCUCAGACGCCCGGCACAGACCCCGCCAUGCCGUGGUAUAGGCGGUACUAUCGAAAGUACACGCGCGCAGACGACGAUGUCCGCUUUUCCGCCCAGAUGACGAUAACCAUGGUAGUGUCUUUCCUCUGCCUGUUUUCCUUGGCAGUCCUGUUUAUCAGACAAAGCGUAGUUUUCCAUCAGCACUUAUUACGGCAGCAACACGCACCAACCUACUUCAACAUCGAUAUCGACGCAGAUCUGUACGCCCUUGAAGUGUGCUGGGUUGUAUCAGGCUUGACAGCGUUCGUGAUCCACGUGGUCUACAUCUUUUGCAUCAUGGUGAACUACCGGAAGCACACGCGGGCUCUCUAUCGGGGAGACAGGUCCUGGAUGCCGAGCAGUUUCCGACCAAGUACCGCUACCUCCAUCCUCUCAGCCACGAAGUACCCAGGGACGCAAAUAGCCUUCAUUCUGUGGGGGUUCUUCAUCCAGACGUUGACGUUUCUCUUCAUCUCUUUCGCGCUGUAUCUUCUUGUCGCGUACCCACAGAUUAUGGUCGCGCUCCUGCAGUACGCAGGCCCGCCGAUAGGGGUCACCGCUGCAGCGCUAGCCGUCCAGGUGUUGCUAUCGGCCUUGGUGUUCUCCCAGCCCAAAAUCCACCCGACCGACGCCGAUCGCCCGCUGGCCAUUGACAACCGGAAGUUCUACUACGUCACUUCCUACUUCCUGUUCUUCUACAACGUCAUGAUGGGGCUGUUGACGUCACUGCUGCGGGUGCUACUGGGAGGGUUCCUGGGAGGGAUGAUGCAGGCCCGGAUCGACCGGACGGUCAUCAUGUCCGGGUGGGAGAACUGGGACCUCGGGUACAAGUCCUACCUGGGCAUGCUGCAGGUAGAGGUCUGCCACAAACACCCGGUGCUGCUCGUCUUCUGCCAGCGGCUACUGAACGCAGCCAAACGCAACCGUGACCACCUGUGGGCGGAGGUGGUGACGUCACGAGAUGACGCGCAGUUGCGACCCGUUCACAUCGAUAUGUCCGAGUGCGACGAUCUCGCCAGCAGGCUCGCCAAACGGAGGUGGCUGGUGCUGUACACGGUCCUCAGGAACCCGACAGUCGUCGGCACGAGGAAGAGCGUCAUCAGGAUGGAGGAGAGCGAUCGUGACCGCAUGCACAAGUUCUUGGCUAAAACAACAGCCCUUGCAGCGAUGAAGACAAGCGACCCUAGGAUGAAUGAAGAGCUAGUAACAUAGUGCCUAGUACACAUACAUGUAUCAUAUAAACAAGUGCCUACAAAUGUACCUAGUGUCUACAGAUGCACCCCAGUGCAAAUGUAUGGCCAUGUAUUACUUGCACUUUUGCCCUACAGAUGUAGCCUAGCGCCUAAAACAUGAUCUAGUGCCUAGAAAUGUAACCAAGUGCCUACAAAUGUAAAUCAGUGCCUACAAAUGUAACCAAGUGCCUACAUAUGUAACUUGGUGGCUAUAAAUUUAACCUAGUGCCUACAAAUGUAACCUAGUGCUUACAAAUGUAGCUAAGUGCCUACAAAUGUAGCCAAGUGCUUACAAAUGUAGCUAAGUGCCUACAAAUGUAGCCAAGUGCCUACAAGCUAGUGCCUACAAAUGUAACCUCGUGCCUACAAAUGCAACCUAGUGCCUAC